AUGGGUAAGCGCGCGGGAAAGAAAUCUGGUCGAGGCGGCGGCGUGCGCCAAAGCCGGGAAGAACUUCCCAGAAACAACGAGAGAUUUGAGAGAUACUACAAUGAGCUAGGAAUUGUUCCAGAGGAGGAAAGAGAGGCGUUCUGGGAAGCUCUCCGGAGGGAUCUGCCGAACAGCUUCCGCUUCACUGGGUCGAAAUCGCAUGCGCUUGCAGUUCAGCAACGACUCAAGGACUUCUACAUUCCCCAUAUUACAUCGAUUCAGUAUGAAGGGAACUUCGUCGAGCCCCCGCGUCCCGUUCCUUGGUAUCCCGACCAACUGGCCUGGUCGAUGACGACUCCCAAGAAAGUCAUCAGACGAUUCGCCCCGUUCGCUUCCUUCCAGAAGUUCCUCGUUGCUGAAGCUAGCGUUGGCAAUAUCACCCGCCAGGAGGUAGUGAGCAUGAUUCCCCCACUCGUGAUGGACGUCAGACCGGGCAUGACGGUGUUGGACAUGUGCGCUGCGCCAGGGAGUAAAUCAGCGCAGAUUAUGGAGAUGCUUCAUGCAGGAGAGGAGGAAGCCAUGCAGAAAGUCUUUGAGCAGCUCAAAAGUGGUAAUACAGAGCAAGCUCCCUUAGGGCCGGAGGGCUUAGACGACGACGGAAGGAGCACAGGUCUUUUGGUUGCCAAUGACAGUGACAACAAGCGCGCACACCUGCUCAUCCAUCAGAUGAAACGAUUGAACUCGCCAAACCUGAUUGUCACCAAUCAUGAUGCGACCAUGUAUCCUUCCAUUAAGCUCCCUCCGUUGCCGACGGCUAACGGAGAGCGCCCGAAGCCCAGAUACCUGAAGUUCGACCGUAUCCUGGCAGAUGUACCCUGCACCGGAGACGGAACUCCCAGGAAAAAUAUUAACAUUUGGAAGGAUUGGACCCCUGCGAACGCUUUGGGACUGCAUGUCACGCAGGUUCGAAUUCUUGUCCGUGCACUACAGAUGCUCAAGGUUGGAGGGCGUGUCGUUUACUCGACUUGCAGUAUGAACCCCAUUGAAAACGAAGCUGUCGUUGCCUGUGCUAUCGAACGCUGUGGUGGUACCGACAAAGUUCAAAUCGUCGAUUGUAGCGACCAACUUUCAGGCUUGAAGAGGGCUCCUGGGCUGCGGUCUUGGAAGGUUAUGGACCGCCAAGGUCGCCUGUGGAAUAGCUGGGAAGAUGUAGAAAAACAGAGGGAACAGGAAGGCAUUGAUGGGCUUGGCAGACUUGCAGCGGGCAUGUUUCCGCCCCUUGGAGAGUAUGCAAAUCUGCCGCUGGAGAGGUGUAUGCGUAUUUACCCUCAUAUGCAAGACACUGGUGGCUUCUUUAUCACAGUGAUUGAAAAGACUUCUGAGAUUCGUGCGAAGCCAGAAGACUCUUCAAAGGUCAUCCCCAAGUCUUCCGUGGCUGCGCUUGUGGAGGAGCUUGAACACAAGCAGAAGAACGGACCAACGCAACCGUUGGAAAAAAUCAAUGCUCUUGAUGACCUAGUUGUCCCUGGUAAGGAGAUACAGGAAGAGAUUGAUAAGAACAAGUCAGUUGCAGAAACUUCUAAUGAACUUCCUUACUCUGUCACUCUCGGAUCCUCGGAGCCACUGUCGAAGAGAAAUGCUGAAGACCUGAUGGAUGGAGUCCCUUCCAAGAAGGCCAAGCUGGACAACGGCGCGGAAGCCAUCAUCGGGGAUCGUCCUGUGCAUCGCCCCUCUACUUCAAUUGAGGGAGAGGCUGCAUUUUCUACCUCAGAUACCGAUGGUGUUACUCCCAUUCCCACGGAUAGCACACCUCAACCGGCCGAAUCAUCGGUUCAGUCGAAGCCUCAAUCUCAGCCCCCUCAAAAGCAGAAGAAAUCUAAACAAUAUUUUGAGGAGCCCUUCAAAUAUCUGAAACCUGACCAGGAAGAACUUAUCCCGAUCUUCGAAUUCUACCAGAUCUCUGACCGCUUCCCACGAGACCGUUUCAUGGUCCGCAAUGCGGAGGCCCUCCCAACUCGCACGGUGUAUUACACGAGUACUCUCGCACGAGAUAUCCUUUCCGAAAAUGAGAGGCAGGGCAUGAAGUUCGUCCACUGCGGUGUUAAGAUGUUCGUCAAGCAAGACGUCCAGCGAGAAGAUGUAUGUAGAUGGCGUAUUCAGACGGACGGCUUACGAAUUCUCGACCCGUGGCUGGGCCCCAAGCGGUCUGUCUAUCUCAACAAGAAAGAAACACUACACAAGCUUCUCGUGGAAAUGUUCCCCAAAGUGAACGAUAACGGGUGGAAAGAACUGGGAGAAAUCGGAGAGCGCGUUAGGGACAUUCCUAUGGGCUGUAGCAUAUUGCGGAUUGAGCCGAGUGACAGUGAAGAUGGUAUAAAUGAAAGAAUGGUUCUCCCACUCUGGCGCUCUUUGCACUCCCUAAACCUUAUGCUCCCCAAGGAAGAACGCCGCGCCAUGCUCCUCCGCUUCUUCAAUGACGAAACCCCUCUCGUCAACACUACAAAUAAACGUCAGAGAAUCGAAACAUCGACCCCAUCUCCAGAGACUGAUGAUCUAUCAAUGCCGCUAGACGCUCCUACCGAGGACGUGGGAGAAUACCAUGCACCGCCCGAAGCAGAAGAUAAAGCGCUCAUGGCAGAGAAUCUUGAUCUGGGGGAGGAUCAGCAGGAGCAGACGGAUGCCCGAGAAACGUGGACGAAGGAUGGUGAUGAGGUUGAUCGGGUUAAUACGACUGUUUGA